GCUCCCGCAUCAGAGAAGCUCCCUGUUAUGUACCUUAUGGAUUCCAUUGUCAAGAAUGUGGGAAGAGAAUAUCUCACUGCAUUCACUAAAAACCUAGUUGCAACCUUUAUUUGUGUAUUUGAAAAGGUGGAUGAAAAUACUAGGAAAAGUUUAUUUAAGUUGCGCUCCACAUGGGAUGAUAUUUUUCCUUUGAAGAAACUGUAUGCACUUGAUGUCAGAGUCAACUCAUUAGAUCCUGCUUGGCCAAUUAAACCUCUACCCCCCAAUGUGAAUACUUCUAGCAUCCAUGUGAACCCUAAGUUUUUAAACAAAUCGCCAGAGGAAUCUGCUGCACCUACCUCUGCUGUCACUUCUGGUGCCUCGACUCCUCCAACUGUUCCCGAAAUGCAGAAGAAUUUGACGCAGGAGCAGCUGAUCCGGCAGCAAUUGCUUGCGAAGCAGAAGCAGUUGUUGGAACUUCAGCAAAAAAAGUUGGAGCUGGAGCUGGAACAGACAAAAGCACAGCUGGCUGUAUCUCUGAGCGUUCAACAAGGAUCAUCCACGAUCGCUUCGGUUCCUGCGCCUUCCAAGCCCCACGUGUCCCCCGCGCCUCAUCUGCCCGUUAAAGCGCCUCAUCAGCCCGCAGCUCAGCCCGAGAAAGCCAAACCCUCCCCGAGUCCUCCCCUCCACGACGUCAAGAUGGUCAAUAGGGAUCCUCGGCUCAACAGGAUGCCCCAGCACUCGUCUCACGCGAAAGAUCCCUCUCACAGGAAGGAGUUUUCGCCCAACGCCAGCGCUCAGCCGGAUCCCAAGGCGACCAAAACGGCGCAGAACUCGACGAAGCAAGAAAAAACCAAAGGGAGUGAAAAAACGCAGAAGAAAGAGCCGGAGCAGGCGGAAAUGAAAUCUAAAUCGCCCUCCCCUUUAAAAAACAAGGUGCCCAAUCCCAAAGAGGGGAAAAAUCAGGAAUGUGAAAGCACCAAAGCAUCCGAAAUCAGUAAGCGGGAUCCCAGGCUGAAAAGGCACCUUCAGGAUAAGUCCGAGGGCAAAGACGAGGAGGUGAAAGAAAAGAGGAGGAACGUGGAGAAAAAAGAGAAGGAGGAACACAAGACGGGCGAGCACAGAGCGGUAGGAGGCAGAAAUAAAGUGAUCAACGGUGCCGUUCAAAAACAAGACGCGAGUACAGAGGAGUCGGAGAAGCAGGGCGGAAAACAAGGGAGAUCGAGCGCUAGGAAACGGUCGCGGUCGCGCUCUCCUAAGGCGAGGUCGCCAUCUACGCAUUCCCCAAAAAGACGGGAGAGGAGAUCGCCCAAAAGAAGACUCAGGAGUUUGUCUCCCACCUCGUCGACUCCUAAAAUGGGCAAGGUUCGGCAGCUAGGCCCGAAGCAGUCUCACGCCGAAGAGGCCGCUCCGGGGGCGAGAGAUGAGCGCAAUUCGAAUAAGAGAAACGCGAAACAAGAGGUGCGAGAUCCGAGGAGGGUGAAAAAAGCCCAGGAGGACAGGCCCCAAGAAGCAGCCGGCCAACACUCUGCCAAAACUGCUCCUGACCCGAAGGAGAACGCGGAAAACUGGCAAGGAUCGAAAUCAGGCAAGAGGUGGAAAUCUGGUUGGGAAGAGAACAAAAA